GCAGUCGCAAGACCCAAGCAUGGCGGCCACCAGGUGCCUACGCUGGGCCCUGAACCGAGCCGGAGUCUGGCUGCUCCCACCGCCCGCACGGUGCCCACGCCGGGGGCUGCACAAGCAGAAAGAUGGCACUGAGUUCAAGAGUAUCUACAGCCUGGACAAGCUCUACCCUGAAUCUCAGGGCUCAGACACCGCCUGGAGGGUCCCGGAUGGUGCAAAGCAAGCCAACAGUGACAUCCCUCUAGAUCGCUUGACAAUAUCUUAUUGUCGGAGUAGUGGUCCUGGGGGGCAGAAUGUGAACAAAGUGAAUUCCAAGGCGGAAGUCAGGUUCCAUUUGGCAACUGCCGACUGGAUUGCAGAGCCUGUGCGGCAGAAGAUAGCCAUCAUGCAUAAAAACAAGAUCAACAGGUUAGGAGAGUUGAUCCUCACCUCUGAGAGCAGCCGCUAUCAGUUCCGGAAUCUGGCAGACUGCCUGCAGAAAAUUCGAGACAUGAUCGCUGAGGCCAGCGAGACACCCAAGGAGCCAACAAAAGAAGAUGUUAAACUUCAGAGAAUCAGGAUAGAAAACAUGAAUCGGGAAAGGCUGAGACAAAAGAGAAUUCAUUCUGCUGUAAAGACAAGCAGGAGGGUUGACGUGGACUGAAAUCACCCUCUGCAGCCGGGAGGGCUCGUCUGGGUGUCAGGGCAGCUGCAGCUGAGAGGCCUUUCACACUAUAAGGAGAUUUCCUUUUUUCUUUUUGGCUGUUAAUGCUUGUCUAUAACAUUGGAGCCAUCACAAGAAUGUUCAUUUGGAAUGAAGGUUGCAGGCACUGGUUGCAUAAGUCUUUAUAGGCAGUCACCAUAUUGUCAAACCUUAAUAAUGCAUCUAAUGUGUUAGCCACAAUAAAAUUCAAAACUCA